GGCAGCGGGAACGGGCCGGGCAGUGCGGGCCUGGCCGCAGGGGAGCGGUGGCCCCUGCGAGGGCCGGAGAGUGGAACUGGAGGCGCGGGAGGGAGAGAGCUGUGGCGCAGCGAGCAGGACGGGCUGUGCGGACAGGAUCGGCCCGGGCCGGGCCUUGCUGCCGAGCAUGGCGGUAACGCGGCCCUCGGGCCCGGCCCCGCGGGGACAGCCCUGAGCCCCCGGGUGCUGCUUCUGCUGGCCCCGGGCCCGCGGGGACAGCCCUGAGCCCCCGGGUGCUGCUUCUGCUGGCCCCGGGCCCGCGGGGACAGCCCUGAGCCCCCGGGUGCUGCUUCUGCUGGCCCCGGGCCCGCGGGGACAGCCCUGAGCCCCCGGGUGCUGCUUCUGCUGGCCCCGGGCCUGCGGGACAGCCCUGAGCCCCCGGGUGCUGCUUCUGCUGGCCCCGGGCCCGCGGGGACAGCCCUGAGCCCCCGGGUGCUGCUUCUGCUGGCCCCGGGCCCGCGGGAGCGCGCAGCUGUGAGGGAGGGAGCGUUUGCGUUUAGGCACUUGUUACCUGGGUUUCCCUCAGGGUUUUCUUGUGUGCCGGUGACAGGAGCCGAGGGAAUGGCCUGGAGUGGUGUCAGGGGAGGUUUAGUUAAAAUCAUGGCACUGAAACAGGUUUCCAGCAACAAAUGCUUUGAAGGCUUCCAGAAGGUGUUUGAACAUGACAGUGCAGAACUAAAAUGCAAAAUGAAAUUUGGAAUCUACUUGCCUCCAAAAGCAGAAACUGGGAAGUGUCCUGUGCUGUAUUGGCUCUCGGGGUUGACCUGCACAGAACAGAAUUUUAUAACGAAAGCUGCGUUUCAACAAGCGGCUGCUGAGCACGGCCUUAUUGUGGUGGCACCAGACACGAGCCCACGUGGCUGCAAUAUUGAAGGAGAAGAUGAAAGCUGGGAUUUUGGCACUGGUGCUGGUUUUUAUGUGGAUGCCACUGAAGAUCCUUGGAAAACAAACUACAGGAUGUAUUCCUACAUAAAGGAUGAGCUGCCUAAACUAAUAAAUGCCAAUUUUCCAACUGACCCUGAACGGAUGUCUAUUUUUGGGCAUUCCAUGGGAGGUCAUGGAGCUCUUAUUCUUGCUCUGAAGAAUCCUGGGAAGUACAAAUCGGUGUCAGCAUUUGCUCCAAUCUGCAACCCAAUUCAGUGUCAGUGGGGGAAGAAAGCCCUUGGUGGAUAUCUGGGACCAGAUGCAAGCAAAUGGGAGGCAUAUGAUGCUACACAGCUUGUGAAGUCCUACUCAGGCCCUCGUCUCGACAUCUUGAUUGACCAAGGCAAGGAUGACCAGUUCCUGUCCGCGGGCCAGUUACUGCCUGAUAACUUCAUCGCUGCCUGCACCGAGCGGAAAGUCCCUGUAGUCUUCAGGCUGCAGCAGGGUUAUGAUCACAGCUAUUUUUUCAUUGCUUCAUUUAUAAAUGACCACAUCAAACACCAUGCAAAAUACCUCAAUGCUUGAAGCAUUUGGAUGUGAGUGCUGCCUGGCCAAUAUGAAUCAAGAGAUAGUGGUGAACUAAAAAAGUCAUUUGCUGAAAUAAUAUUUGUAUAAUGGAGCUCUUCUGAUUGUACUUCUAAGAAAAAUAAAAGUCCCACUUAAUUUGA